AUGCACUCUUGGUACUGUCUAUAGUCAUAAAGCAAAAGGUUUUACUCAAGGCUGUGCCAUGUCUAUAUGGAAUAUUGGUAUAUUCAUACAAGGAUGCUUCAUAGCUAUUAUCUCGGCUCAGUUGACAGUCCUCACUGGACCUGAAGCCCUCGUCUCCUCUAGUGGCAGAGUAGUUGAAAGAUCAGUGAUCCAGAUCUACUGUACUGUAGAGGAUGACACCGCUGUCACCUUCACAUGGACUCUCAAUAGAAGCUCUCUGUUGAACGAUCCACCUCACAUUCGUAUCAGGGAAGAUAAUCACCCUGAGCGUUCAGCAUCAUUACUUACUGAUGACUCCACAUCUCUGCUCACUGUUGACAACUUCAGAGAAUCUGAUAAUGGAGUCUACCAAUGCACUGCUAUUAGUGGAGCUACUUCUGGCAAUGGAACGGCUAUCACGCUAACAGCUGUGCCCUCCACUGCUGAUGGGACAUUAAUGUUGACUGAUCAGCCCUAUUUCAAUGAACCUGUUGACCUCAGCGCCAGCCUCAAUGACAACCGCACUGGGAUAGCUCUUGGUGGCACUGUCGAUGGUUCUCUACUGACAUGCACUGCUGGACAUCAAGGUGAUGGAGUGAUGGACUACCCCGCCCCGUCUGUGGUGUGGGUGAGGAGCGGACAAGUUGUGGAUGACACUCACUCACGGAUCACCAUCACCUCGACCACAGUGGUCAAUGGAAAAAUGACCAGUUCUCUGACUAUCACUAACUUUGGACUGUCUGAUGCAGGAGUGUACCAGUGUGUCUUCACUGACGGCAGUGAUGGUGGGGAGGUCAUCACAUCAAUACCUUAUCAAUUGGAUACAGGUACUACCAUUCGUAUUGAGAGAGUCUCUCCUGAGGUCAUUAUUUUACGGCCUCCCGAGAAGCUGGUCAUUGAAGUGAGGAUGUCAGGAGAGUAUGAAGUGAUGUUCUGGCGCAAAGUGGCUAUAAACACUUUCAUACCUGGUGAAAUGCGUCCUCAAGAGUUUCCCAACUAUUUUGAGACAUUUGUACGAGACAACACCACUGCUGAGGAUGAGGGGUUCUAUAUUGUUCAGCCUCAAUUCAAGUCUGGAACAACUCAAACUCAUACCUUUAUACCAACUGGUGGUGUUGAUUUUGGAGUCAUUGCACCAGGUAUAGCAUUAAUACCACCAUGA